GGAGAAAGAGAGGAAGAGGAGGAGGCGGAAAAGGCGGAGGAGGCGUGGUGGGGCUGCCGGGCCGGGCCAUGGGGCAGUGCCACGGGGGCUGAGCGGUUUCCAAGAUGCUGCAGGUCCCGCUGCCGCUGGAUCGGGACGGGAUCCUGUUCCGGCUGCGCUUCACCACGCUGGCCCUCGGGACUGUGUUCUGCCCCCUCUUUGGGUUCCUCUUCUGUGUCAUCUGGUCUCUGCUCUUCAACUUCCGUGAGACGACUGCGACCCACUGUGGGGUGCCCAACUACCUGCCGUCCAUCAGCGCGGCCAUUGGGGGCGAGACCCCGCAGCGCUACGUGUGGCGCCUGUGCAUCGGCCUGCACUCGGCCCCGCGCGUCCUCGUGGCCGUGGCCUACUGGAACCACUACCAGAGCUGCCACUGCCCCCACCCCCGCUACCUGCGCCUGUGCCACGUCACCCUGCUGCUCAACCUGCUCGAGAACUUCGCCCUCCUCAUCCUCACCUACGUGUCCUCCACCGAAAACUAUGGAGCGCAAGUCGUACAAGUGGAAGCAGCUGCUCUUCUUCUUCACCUUCAUCACGUUCGCGUUCGCCGUGUGCGUUUACUUCCACCACAACUGGUACUGCGGCCCUGGAGUGUACACUGUCUUCGCCUUCCUGGAGUACCUGGUUGUCCUCUCCAACAUGGCCUUCCACAUGACUGCCUUCUGGGACUUCGGCAACAAGGAGCUGGUGGUGAGCUCGCUGCUGGAGGACAAGCACUUCUAGCCAGCCCCGCUGCUGGGGGCUCCUCUUCCCUGUCCUGCCGGGGCUGGGUGUUUGCUGUGGAGCUGCUGCGAGGAUCCUGCCCAGACCCCAGAGUGUCUGUCCCUCCUGCACCUGCAGCUCUGCUCCAGGGGAGCUGCAGUCUCUUCCCAGAGACCCCCUGCCCUGGCUCCCUCCAGCUCCAGGAGCACAGGACAGAGGAGGAACAGGGACCUGCUGCCUGUUGCUUUGGAGAAUGCUCCAGGGAGAGCACAAUGCUGCUCCCAGUAUUGGGGCACAGGGGUCCAGCCCUGCCCUGUCCUUUCUUGGUCUGAGAGGUCUCACGGUUCCUCCUCCAGGCUGGAGGUCUUGGGGCAAGUCCUCAAAAAGGGCUGGUGGCCUUUUGGGCUGGCUUCAGGCACUGGUCUCGCACUGGGCUGGGGCAGGGUCCUGGCCCAUGUGUGCCUGAGUGCCCAGGAGGGGAGCGGGAAGGUGCUGGGCCAUGCAGGGACUGCCUGGAGCAGGGUGGGAGCACACAGGGCAGAGCAGGUGCUGGGAGCAUCCACGUCUUGCCCCUGCCUUCCCCAGAAGCCCUCCCAGCUGAACACGCUGUUCCAGGGGUGCUGUGCCCGUUCCAACCCAGUUUGAGGAGGAAGGGUGAGUGUGCUGGUGCUGGAGGUCUUUGCCCCAGUGUCCCCAUGGCUUCCCCUGUCACGUGGGGCUGGAGCUGGGAACUGCUGGGGUUCAGCAGUGCCCCCAGUGUGCAGCUCUGGCUGCCAGGGCACAGGGGACAUGGCUGGAUGGCAGAUGGGGGCUGACAGUGUCCCCAAGCUCCUCCUGCAAUGCUGCUGGAAGGGGCACCUGGAGCUGUCUUGAUUUUGGGGAGGUCUGCCCUUGCCAGGGCUCGUCCCACACCACCCUUGGCCAGGAAGGACCAGUGUGGGUCCCUCCCUGCCCUUCACCUGAGCACAGCCACCACCAAGAGUCCUCUGGGAUGUCCCAGUGCUCAUCCCAGGGCUGGGCAGAGCCUCCUCCAGCGGGAGCUGUGGGGCCCUGGCAGAGCUGGGGCUGAGCUGGCUUCGAGCAGUCCUGCUGCACGUGUCCAUCGUCAGUGUCCCCAUCCAUGGGCUCCAUCCGUGUCCCUGCAUGCGUGUGACACGCUGCCCCCGCGGCGCCUUGGCUUUGAGGUGGAAAUAAAGCACUAAGUAUUUUUGUGA